AUGCCCGGAAAUCCAAGGGUUGACAAACCUAGGUUUAACUCGAAAUAUAUAGAGGAAGACAAAAAUCUCUAUAUAAAUUCAUCGAGACAUGAAGAUGAUAAUGAACAACGCCAAAGACAUUACUCUCAAAGCUCUGCUUCUUCAACCUCACCAAACACCACAAGAAAUUCGUCCCAUGGAAUGAAUCUUUCUUCAAUUGAAGGGAAAUUGGGUUUGAAAAGCUUAAGUGGGCACAACGCUAGUCACAAUCAUGAAAAUUUUAGGUCUUCUGACAAUGGUGUCGAAAAGGAAGAUAGGUCAUCAAUUGGAUCCUUUUCUAUGGGAGCAUCCAAAUCAUUUUCUGGUUUCCUCUCUUCGAAACAUAAUUCGAUUCCAUCCCAAAGCUCAUCUUCAAGUAAAAAAUCUGGGAAACGGAACAUUUUCAAUAGACUUCUAACUACAAGAAAGGGAAGUGAAACAUCACCACAUGGCGAAUAUACUGGAAGGCAUUUUUCAACCAGUAGCAAGAAGUCAACCAGCUCUAAUUCUCCUGGACUAUCGCCCACUAUGCCCUUACAUCAGCAUAAAAAUUCAGAUGCCUCACAUUAUUCUCAUUUUCCCCCUCUGGAUCAACCAAAUACAAGUUAUAUCAGAGGCCGACUACCAUCUGAGCAAAACAUACCACAUGUACAACCUUUAUCAAAAUAUCGGUCUUCUUUUUCAGCUGUUCCAACUCUUCAUCAUGAUGCGCAUCCAUCACGGAAGUCACAAAUGAUUGACACAAAUCUCGACCAAGAUAUAAUGUCGACUCCAAUGAACUCAACCAAUUCAUUAGCUCAAUCAUAUGGUAUUUCAUUGAUUGAUGAGGAUAGUUCCAAUGACAUGAACUCAAUAUCCAAUUCAGCAGUAGGCAUGUCACGAGUGGCUUCGACUAACUCUACGAUUGCCAAUAAUAAUCAUGAGGACCUCAAGUCAUUUUGGAAACCUCCUGAUAGUUGGAAGGUUACAUCAGAUACACAUGAACAAUCAGAUGAACAUGUCAGUAGCAUCGGAGCAAAAAAUCGGAAUGGGAAUGAAUCUGACACUUCUAGUGACAUUUCAUUGAAUUCACUUGCUAGCCCAGAUACCACCGUUAUCGAAAGUGACUCAAACAAAUUUAAAGCUCCUAAAGAUAAACUAUUAACUACCUCCAGCUCUUCACCAAAUCUUAAUAACGCAAUCAAAAAUGCUAAUAAAAAAAUUAUUAAAGGCUCGUCCAGAUCAUCUGUAAGGAUAUUCAAAGGAGACAAGUCUUCAUUGAUACCCUGUACCACCGAAACUACAUGUGAAAAUAUAAUGAACGCACUAAGGAGAAAAAGGUUUCUAAAACAGGAUGAUGACCACAUGCUGGUCCUAAAAUGUGGUGGAUUAACCAGAAUUUUAUCAUAUGAUGAAAGACCAUUGAGAAUCCAAAGGAAAAUGUUAUUUCUAUAUGGUUACACUGAAAGAGAUAAUUUGGAUUAUAUUGAAAGAACAGACCUUAGUUUUCUUUUCAAAUUUGUUGUAGAAGAGAAGGGUAUUGAGGUAAUAAGUGAAGAAAAGAGAAGAUUAAUUAACCCCCACAAUGUUAAUUUAGAUAAUUGGAACUUGCAGGACAUUCCUAAUUUUUUGUUUGCGGAGCCUAUAGUAACUUUGGAAGUUUCUCAGAAUCCAUCGCUGUUGUUCGCACGAGACUUUAUGCAUGAUUCGAAAAACAUGACAUCUCUUUCUUUUACUAGAAGUGGUAGUCCGGUUUUUCCACCAGCAAUUGUUGAUAUUCCCCGGUUACUCAACUUAAACCUUGAAGUUAACUAUAUAAGAAUGGUCCCAGAUGACAUCGCGAAAUUAUCUACAUUGAUAUCUUUAAAUUUAGCUUGCAAUAGAUUAACAACUCUUCCGGAUUCGUUCGGUGAUUUGAAACACUUACAGUUUCUGAACUUGGGUUCCAAUAGACUGAAGAAAAUUCCGGAACCAAUUUAUAAGCUAGAGAAUCUAAAACAGUUGGAUUUAUCAUACAACUCAAUAGCUGAAUUCUCAGACCAAAUAGCAAAACUUAGUGAUUUAGAGGGAUUAGUUGUUGCUGGAAAUCGGUUCACAGGUGAUCUUCCUGAAUUCUUUGAUCAAUUUAAGAAUCUUCUUAAGAUAGAUAUUCGUUUUAACAAAUUCUCCUCAAUUGAUUCUUUGAAAAGGUCGCCUAAGUUGGAAGUCAUUAGGGCAACUGGUAAUAACAUUUCAGUUUUUCGGUCCAGGGCACGUAAUCUCUUUGAGGUUGAGUUAAACAUUAAUCCACUAACAUAUGUUUAUUUUGAAAUUGAUAUGGAAAACCUGAAGAUUGUUGAUUUUUCAAAGGGUAAGUUGACGUCAUGCACAUUUACCCAGAAAUUGGUUGCUGUCGAAAAGCUAAAUUUAGAUUCCAACCAUUUGAGUAUAUUACCUGAUCAUUUAGAUAAAAUGAAAAAUCUACAUACUCUUUCGAUCUCAAGAAACAAUUUAACCAAUUUACCUGACUCUCUCUGUAUGCUGAAAAGACUACAAAAUUUGGACCUUCACUUGAAUAACAUUGGUAAAAUUAACCCCAAUAUUUGGAACUUGGGCUCUUUGGAGGUAAUUAAUUUGGCUUCGAAUUUAUUGAAAUCAUUUCCAGAGCCUCCAGAAUCAUUUAUAAAUAAUUUCAAUAAUCAGAAAGUAUUGCGCAUGCUUAAAUCAAAGAAACAUGUUCAAAAUCAAAAACAAAUUGAUGGAGAAAUUGAUGAUCACGCUAUUGAAGAGAGUGGAAGCAGUGCAGUUUCUGGUGAAGAAGAAGAAGAAGAAGAGGCUCAUAAUACAGUUGCAAAAUUACCUAAUGUGAGACCCACUUCUCCAAAUAAUCGUAGGCUGAGCGGGUCUGUUUCAUUUCCUGUUUUGGAUAAAGAGCAUAGCUUAGCCUCUUCUUUGAAGAAACUGUGCUUGGUUGAUAAUAAGUUCUCGGAUACCAUAUUUCCUACCAUUUCAGUGUUUCAAAACUUAAGGUGUUUAAAUUUGUCAUACAACGAAAUUUAUGAAAUUCCUGCGGGUUUUAUCUGUAAACUGAAGCAGUUAAAGAAGCUCUUUUUAUCCGGAAACUAUUUGUCAUCACUGCCUGUCGAAGAUUUAGACGAAUUAGAGAAUAUUGAGACAUUACAUCUCAACGGUAAUCGGUUCGGAACCUUACCGGCUGAAUUGUCUAAACUAUGCAAGCUAAAAGAGCUGGAUGUAGGUUCUAACCAAUUGAAAUAUAAUAUAGGUAAUAUUCCAUAUGAUUGGAACUGGUGUUACAAUAAAAAUCUCAGAUAUUUGAACUUCUCGGGAAAUAAAAGGCUAGAGAUUAAAGCACAACAAAAUAUAGAUGAAGAAACUGGUGAAACACUCGAUUCUUUUCUCAGUUUGAAGGAUUUAAUGACCUUGGGUUUGAUCGAUGUUACGAUAACCACAGAUGCUGUUCCCGAUCAGAGUGUGGAUACCAGAAUUAGAUCUACUGUUUCUCAACUUGGCAAAUUUGGAUAUGGUAUAUCAGACAGCCUAGGAGGCUCGGAUACAUUAACUACUAGAGAUGCUGUUAUUGAGAAGUUUAGAGGUAAUCCCGAUGAAUUUUUAAUUACAAUUUACGAUGGUAAAAACUCCCUUCAACGGGGAGGGGAUAAGAUAUCGAAGAUUAUUCAAGAAACUUUUGAGAUCCACCUAGCUGAGGAACUGGAAAGUUUAGGUAAGAAUGUUAUACCUGGGAUUGACAGUCCUAAAAACGUGGAGGAUUGUUUGAGAAAUGCCUUUAUUAGAAUGAAUACUGAGAUGUGCAUCUCUAUCAAUAAAGAUGAGUUAUCAACUUUCAGUUCAGCGGCAGUUCAUCGAACUAAAACUAUGGAUAAAUUAACAUAUGAUGAAGAUGGAUUGAGUGGAUGCUCUGCAACUAUUAUUUACAUUAAGAAAGACUAUGUUUACGUUGCUAAUGUUGGUGAUAUCAUGUGUAUACUAACACGAUCAGAUGGGGAGUUUAGUAUGAUUACAACCAAGCACGAGCCAUAUGCUCCUAAAGAGUAUGACAGAAUUCGUGAUUCUGGUGGUUAUGUUACUACCGAUGGUCUUCUUGAUGGAGUAUCUGAUGUAUCAAGAGCUGUUGGGUUUUUCAAAUUAAUACCCCACAUCAAUGCUAAGCCUAGCAUCAGUAAAUUUAAAUUAACACAGAAUGAGGAGAUGAUUGCUGUCUGUACGAGUGAAGUUUGGAAGCAAGUUUCUUUCGAAUUGGCAGCAGAUAUAAUAAGACAAGAGAAAUCAAAUCCGCUUGGUGCUGCUGAAAAAUUAAGAGACUUUGCUAUUUCUUAUGGAUCUGUUAAUAAGAAAGUCACCGCUGCGGUUCUAUCAUUAAGGCAAUUCACCAGCAAGCAAAAACAUUAUGGGGGGUCCAAACCAGUAGAAGAUUCUACCUUGAGGAAAUUAGACGAUGAGAUUGAGCCUCCGACAGGAUAUAUUGCCAUGGUUUUCACUGACAUCAAGAAUUCUACUUUGUUGUGGGAUAGUUAUCCUGUUGCAAUGAGAAGUGCCAUUAAAGUUCACAAUGCAAUCAUGAGACGGCAGUUGCGUAUUAUUGGAGGUUAUGAGGUUAAGACUGAAGGUGACGCAUUUAUUGUCUCGUUUCCAACUCCAACCGCUGCGUUAUUGUGGUGUUUUGCUGUUCAGACACAAUUAUUAACAACAUCUGAAUGGCCAGCUGAAAUUUUGACUAGUGACCAAGGUUUUGAAAUUAAAGACAAUGAAGGUAAUUUAAUUUUCAGAGGGCUAUCAGUUAGAAUGGGGAUUCAUUGGGGUAGGCCUGUUUGUGAGAUGGAUGUUGUUACCAAGAGAAUGGAUUACUUUGGUCCUAUGGUCAAUAGAGCGUCCAGAGUUUCAGCGGUUGCCGAUGGUGGAAAAAUUACAAUGAGUAAUGAUUAUCGGCAUGAGUUGGAAAAGGUUACCAAAAUACAUGAGAUGAUCAAGGAAGGGAAAGUCAAGGACAUCAAUGGAGCCUAUGGAUACAAGUCCCGCGGGCAAGAUGUUGAAAAUCAAAUGGAGCAGUUGGAUAAGAUUGGGAUUGUUAUUGAAAGUCUUGGAGCACGUAAAUUGAAAGGUUUGGAAACGCCUGAAAAUAUCUGGCUUGUGUUCCCAAAACCAUUGAGUUCAAGAUUGAAGAUGAUUACCAACAAAGACGGUGAAAUUAACAAUAAGUCCAACAAAUUAGCUGUUGGUGGCAUCACUGUUGAGACAGCUUGGAUAUUGAGGAAAAUAGCGCUGAGGUUGGAAAGAGUCAUAUCUUUUACAGUUUCAAAUUCACUGGGACAAAACAUACAGUUCCAGCAUUUCUCUGAUGGAAUUCAAGAAGAAGCUGAAAAUACAAUGGAGAAAAAACUAGCCAAUGUUGAAUCCUUCAUGAUGCUCUUUCUGGACCAUACAAUUACAAGAAUCGAAAAUUGUGUAACCGUUUUAGGUACUCACAUGGUCCUCGCAGAUAGCGGCAUCAAUAGUAACGGAAUCUCCAUGAUAGACACCAUCAAAUCUAUGGCUACAGAAUUAAAGGAACUCAAGGCCCAGGUACAUGAAUACCAAACCCACAAACAGACAUUGCAGCUACCUCCUUCCUCAACUUGUCCUUUUACGUCUGACUCUAGCUCUCCCUCUUCAGAGUGA